AGACGACAAUCAAUUCCUCACGACAACAAAUUCGCCAACCUCCAGCAAAGAUGGCGAAGGAAGCGACCCAGAAGUCCGGCAUCGCCGUCGGCUUGAACAAGGGCCAUCAAGUCACACCCAUCACCCCCAAGCCACGCAUCUCCCGCCGCAAGGGCCUGCUUAGCAAGCGCACUGCUUUCGUCCGCGAGAUCGUCAAGGAAGUCGCUGGCCUGGCUCCUUAUGAGCGCCGUGUUAUCGAAUUGUUGAGAAACAGCAAGGACAAGAGAGCGAGAAAGUUGGCCAAGAAGCGACUUGGUACUUUCGGCCGUGCGAAGCGAAAGGUCGAUGAUCUGCAACGAGUCAUUGCCGAGUCGAGAAGAACUGGUGCUCAUUAAACGAUUUCUGUUUCUGUUUGUGAAGGGAGAUGGACGGACAAUUGCAGACCAGUGGAAUGGCACAGCACGGCAAACUCGGCGCAUUUGUUUGAACGACUGCCGUACGAUGGAGACAUUUCGCUCACCGGAAGACACGAGGGACUCAAAGCUCGUCGACACAUGAGAAGGUGCAUCGGGCUAGUGAUCACCAAGCACAGUGUUUUCGAAAUGGCGUGGUCGAAUGACAAUAUCAAUCAAUGAAUCAAGCAAAACCUUCUGCAAGAGCUUAUGGGACAUCCAUCUUUGAUCAUAUCGUGUCUCAUUGGGUGCCGAAACCACCGUACUACCGUAUACUAACUUCCAC